CUCCACUGUGGCAUGGGUAAGGUCUUAUUUGCAGGGUCAAUGUCAGUGUGUGAGGGUCGGGGAAGAGUGUUCGGGCUGGCAUGAGGUAAAUAGAGGCGUUCAUCAAGGUUCGCUCUUGGGUCCUCUGCUGUUCAGCAUCUACAUAAAUGACGUGACUACUACUUUACUAACUUCUAAAUACCACCUUUAUGCAGACGACCUACAAAUCUACAAACAUUUCAACAAAAUUUAUUUCAGCAUUGUGGUGGAGGAGGUCAAUGCUGACGUGGCCAGAGUUAUUGAAUGGUCUAGAAAUUAUGGACUCAAAAUUAAUGAGACAAAGUCAAAGAAUAUCUUAUCAAUAAAACUAUCCCUGCUCAUAUGAGUAGGACAUUUUUGUCUUAUAUACUGGAUUUCCGAUACAGUUUGGACCAUACACUCAUUGAAGUAGCUAUGGAAGAUAUGAUAGGUUCGUACCACAUUCAUAAAGCAUUGGGGAUAGCUUUUCCACACCAACUAGUUAAGAUGAUUGGGGAUCGUCUCUUUGGCUCUGGUAUAGCUGAAAGUGCCCUUAUGUAUGCUGAAGUCUCAAACCAACCAGUAUAUAUGUAUAGAUUUGGCUAUAUUGGCAGCAGGAGUUUGAUCAAACAUUUCAAUCUCAGUAAAAUCGAUGAACUUGAAGCAUCACAUGGAGAGGAUUGUCAUUAUAUUCUUGAUUUGGAUGACUCUACAGUUGAAUCUGAGGAUGAUUUGAUAAUGUCUGAGAAAAUGACUCGAAUGUGGGGCGAAUUCGUUUCAAACAGUAUACACAAACUUGAAGAACAUAUAUUCCUGGCAGAUAUGCGUGAGAAAUUGCCUAGACUUUCAUACAUUGAAAUAGAAUCACCGAGCCGCAUGUAUGUUACAAGCACUGAAAAUAUGUCAAACAUGCUAUAUUGGCGAGAAUAUUUACUACGAGAAAUAGCAACCAUUGGAAAAAAAGAUGAAUCCAGUAGCAGUGCAUUGAAACUUAGUUAUUUUCCAUUAAUAGUGAUAUCAUUUUUUGUUGGGCUUUUGGUUUGGAAGUAUUUCUUGCAAGUAGUUCAUAAAUACCUAUUAGUUAUUAUUGUGAAGAUUCAUCAUGUACUAUGGAGAAAACAUCAUAGUUGACUGACACUUCCACUUCAUAUUUUAAGGCUGUGCAAUAACUCACUGAAAGUUAUUUUUGGUCAUUUUUAGUAAAUUGAAUAACUUUCUCAAAAAUUGAUAUUUUCAGAAUUUUUUUUUAAGAUCAACAAUAAAAUAAAGAAUCCUCCAUCUUCCAAAUCUCAAGGAUUCAUCUCUUACUGAACUUGAAAUGCUCUGUUCAAAAAAUUUAAAUUUUAGGCACUCAUAUCUCAAAAAGUAAUGAUUGGAAAAAAAUGUUCUCCUGUAUGAGAAAGAUUUUUCAUUUUGAUACCUUGAUGAUAUACAAAUCGAGAAAUUUUGAAUAAUAUCACCAGUAGAAAGUUCAUUUUUAGCCUUUGCACAUGUUGUUGCAUGAUGAACCGAAAGAUUUAGAACUUAUAGAACACUGGAUUAUUUAUGUAUUGGAGGUCCGCCGCAAAGUAGACCCACGUUAAUCCAUGAAAAGCGACCCACGCCGUGGGAUGUUUUGUAAACCAUUGCUAUAGAAUUAUCCAUAAUCAAUCAGCUGAGAAGUGGAUUAUUCAUUGAAUGUAUUACACAGAUGUCUAGAGAAGCCUAGCAAUGGUUUUUUCCCACAGAUACCUUUAAAAGUGACCAUUCCUGCACUGAUUACAGAACGCAAAGAAAAGAAUCACUUUUCCGCACUAGUGCGCAGAGUGAUUACUUUGCAUACUCCAGAUUUGCAACAUGGCAACACAAAAUACUUAGAGGGUUAUAUGAAGGAUUAGUGCACGAAAACAAAAAUUAAGUUUGUAACAAUGACUGUGGUUAAAUUUAGAUAAGAAUAAUUUCAAAGGCUACCCUACAUUUAUGAUAAAAUCCCAAUCUAGAAAUACAAGAAUAAUGAUCAUCUAAAUCAUAAUUAGAUAAUCAUCAUUUAAUAAUAAAUAAUAGUUAUAUUUAUUGAUAAUUAUUAUUUCAACUGCAAGCAAUGGAAAAAGUAGCAAAUAUACAUUAUGAAAUUCGAAUCUUAAGGUUAAAUGAUUACUGUUUGAUAUCCAUAUAAAUAAAAAUAAUAAAAAACAUAAGAAUACUACAAUGAAUAUUCUCUGUUGUCUAUGUUUUUCAGUUUACUUUGAGCAUUUUUCUCGGUAAUUUGAGCAAAAGUCUGAAUCUCUGAAUCCUGUUCCAGUACUUUUUAGCUGGAUGAAACAAACUUAGGUACGAUUCUUCCCGCUAGGUCAUGCGCUUGUCAGUUCAGCCAUCUUGAAGCCAUCCCAAUCAGCUGUUGGUGUGUAUUUUGAAUGCAAAUUUCUUGUUCCAUCUGUAUUUUUUCUGAUUCUUGAAUGAAUAAAAAUGAGAACUUUGGCUGAGAAUUUUCAACUUCAAUUGGAUUAUCAAUUUUUAAAUGAAUUAAGGUUGUUAUUAAUAAUAGCAUCACACACACACACACACACACACACAAACAUUUGAUGGAUUUCAACCAUCAUUUUACCGGUAAUUACCCACUUUUCAUAUUCAAUGGUAACUGUAGGAAAAAUUUAAUGUGAAAUAUGUGCGCAAAGUUCUGCUGCACUCAAGAAACCAUUCCACCCUCGCCUAUGGCUCAUGCGUAAAUGUUUCUUUCGGUGCAGCAAACUGUCACUUUGCGCACUAGUUGCACAAAUAACUAAUUAAAAAACAUCCCACAGCGUGGAUUGCUUUUCGUGGAUUAGCGUGGGUCUACUUUGCGGCGGGCCUAAGCCAGCUGCUAGAGCAUUACCACCACUGAUUCGCGGUAUCCACAGUCAGAUAGGCUCAUAAAAACUGAUGUGCCUGAUCAAAUAAAUUCUUAUUCAUAGCUUCUUGGAAGAAAACAGAGUUUUUGUGUCAAAUUAUAAAAAUACUCAAUGGGACCCAGGAAUUAUCAGAUUGCAACUAUUCCAUAAUAUUUCACAGAGCAUGUUUAUUUACACAAAUUAAACAAUAUCUUGUUAAGCCUUUAACCACGUAGAAUACUAAAAAAUCUUGCAAUCAUUGUAAAUCACAUUGUGAAAUUUUGUUCAACUAAUGAUUAACACACUGGCUGAGAAUAUUAUGAUUCUACAUCAAUGUUGAAUCUUCAGUAAUUUAAUUUCCUCGUAAUGAGAGUGAAUUCAAUUGAAUCAGACUGGUAACCUGGAAAAAACUUCGAGUCUGGGACCAAAUUUGAACAAAAAAUACAUAAACAAAGCUACAGCAA